ACUGGGCGGCGCCAGCGGCGGAGGAUUCAAGAUGACCAACGAGAAACCUCUUCCCAAAAAGGUUCGACUGAGUGAAACAGACUUCAAGGUUAUGGCACGAGAUGAGUUGAUUGUAAGGUGGAGGCAGUAUGAAGCGUACGUGCAGGCUCUAGAGGGCAAGUACACAGACCUGAACUCUAAUGAUGUGAAUGGCUUGAGGGAGUCCGAAGAAAAGCUAAAGCAGCAACAGCAAGAGUCGGCGCGCAGGGAGAACCUCCUUGUCAUGCGACUGGCCACCAAGGAGCAGGAGAUGCAAGAGUGCACUACUAAAAUCCAGUACCUCAAGCAAGUCCAACAGCCCAGUGUUGCCCAACUGAGAUCAACCAUGGUAGACCCAGCGAUCAACUUGUUUUUCCUAAAAAUGAAAGGUGAACUGGAACAGACUAAAGACAAACUGGAACAAGCCCCAAAUGAACUGAGUGCCUGGAAGUUUAUGCCUGAUAGCCAAACAGGCAAAAAGUUAAUGGCAAAGUGCCGAAGGCUCAUCCAGGAGAACCAGGAGCUUGGAAGGCAGCUGUCCCAGGGAGUCGCACAGCUUGAAGCAGAGCUGGCUUUACAGAAUAAGUAUAGUGAGGGGCUUAAAAGCAGUCAGAAUGAGCUGAAUGACUUCAUCAUUCAAUUGGACAAAGAAGUAGAGGGUAUGCAGAGCACCAUUCUAGUUCUGCAGCAGGAGCUGAAGGAGACUCGCCAGCAGCUGGCUCAGUACCAGCAGCAGCAGGCUCCAGCCUCAGGCCACGGCGGCGGCGCCAGGACCUCCUCCUCCUCCUCCGAUCCGGAGGCCCCGGGGAUGGACUGGCUGGCUAAUGGCCCAAGCAAAGGCGGCUCCUCCCGCCAGCGGACGCCUGGGUCAGGCUUUCACAGGGAGGGCGACGCUGCCGAGGAGGACUCAGCGGCCCCUGGCAAUGGCGCGAAGGCCCCCGGCGGCCCGGAGGAUCGGACGGUGGGCAGAGGCGGCGGCUACGCGACCCCGCUGAGCGCGGCUAUGAGAGCCCGGACCACACACACUCCAACCCGGAGCCCCGAGGAGAAAGCGGCCAGCGGGAAGCGGAACCGAACUGUGGGCGCCCGCCACAUGCAGAAAGGCUUGGACUCCGCAGUCAGCAUGCCGGGCUCGGUUUUGUAAUGUUUGGUUCUCUGUUUUGGUUCGUUGUUUUUUGUUUUGUUUGUUUUUUCCAGCAAAUUUUUCUACAGUGUCAUUUAGUUGGGGAGAGGCUACUGUCCAGAAAACGAGCGCAUACUUUGCCGCAGCUUGCCUUCCCUCGCAGGUGUGUGUUUUGCUUUUUGGUUUUUUUUUUCUUCCCUUCUCCUCCCCUGCCCCCUUCUCUUCUAGGCUUCUGUGCCUCUGCCCCUUUGGAAAUUGUAACAGUUAAUUUGAAUGUUGCUAAAA